CCUUACCGUUCCCAAAAAAAAAGACGAUCGAAAAGAAAAGAUAUCAAAGAUGGACCUUUCAACCAAAUCAACAACAACAAUACUCCUUCUCAUCUUCACUCUCACUCUUUCUUCUCUUCUCUCCAUAUCCAUAUCCCAAGACAUAGCUCCUUCUCCUUCUUCCUCCUCCACCGACGACUCAUCAGCCUCGCCAUCCUUAUCGUCAUCAUCCUCUGCCAAUGGGAGUCCUGCCAUGUCACCUUCUGACGCUCUCAUGCAAGACAAGGAACCAGCCGACAUUUCGGCUCCCUCAGGUAGUGUCUCUAGUGACCUCACCACGACAAGCUCAUCUUCUCCAACAUCCAGUGAGGUCACCACCGCUGAUCCUUCCAUCUCCAUUGACGACGCCUCUUCCUCCUCCACCACCGCUCCAUCCCCCUCACCAGAUGCAUCAUUUCCUUCAUUCCCUACGAUGUUCUCCACCAAAUUCGAGCGCAAGAUGCAAGAGAACUCCAUAACCAAGGCAACAGACAUGGUCAAGGAGCUCUGCUCGGGGACCGAGAACCCCGCCAAGUGCAUGGAGUUCUUCCGGGAUUCUCGCUCCGACGAUCCGGCGGAGAUCAUUCACACCGAGAUCGGAACGCUCAAGACCCUAGUGCAAGAAGGGAUCUCUGCCGCCACCAAGGUGAGGCGGCAAGACAACGCCGCCAGUGGUGUCUUGGACGUGUGCCUCGAGAAUUAUGAUAAGGCCAUAGGGAACCUUGAUAAGGCAUCUGCCACGUGUGAAAAGUGCAUUCGUUCAACCCCCAAGUGCUCUCCCAAGAACACCAGUGAAGUUAAGACCAUGCUUAGUGCGGUCAUCUCCAACGUCGGCUACUGUGAUGAGGCAUUCAAUGCUCAAGGGCUCGCCCCACCGAUGAAGGCUACCAAUGAGGCUGUGAUUGAGUUGACCGAUUGGCUCUUGGAAUUUUGUAAGAAAUUAGGGCACAAGUAUUAAAACAAUGUGACUUGUUUCUCUAGUAAAAAUAAGCUAUGAGUACGUAUUUUAUGAAGAGGGAAUUACUGAGAAAUCGGUAAUUGCAAUUCUCAAUUUUGUUUGUGUAGUAACAAAAAGAAAAAUUCAGUAUUCUUUUAUUUUACUGGACCACAAAUUUACAAAAAAAAACACCCAUUAAAUUAAUAAAUUUACAUUUAGAGACAACGUCUAAGUCCCCGGGCAAACAUAAACCUUUUUUCCUCUUUAGUCACUAUAAUGGAUAAGCAGCAACCUCGUGCAGAAUGGUCACUCCUUGCUCUCCCCUAAGGUAAACCUAUAAUGAAUCUUCCCGUAGAAUCAUCAUUGUUGGCUAUGAAUGCCUCUGUCUGCGAGCUGGAGCCUAAUCAACCUUCACAGUAAUGCGACUCUGAAGGAAGCCUCUGGUUUCCUUCGCUUUAGGGGUUUUUUUUUUUUAAUAUUUGUUGAACCAUGCAGAGUUAACUUGUAACAUUGGGCCAUGAGAUUUGAUCGGAUUGUUUCCUUCUUUUGUUUGCAGAGUUUACGAUGUCCUCAAAUUCGUCAAUUCAUAUGGCAGAUUGAAGCCGAUCAGUAGCUUUCAGGUUUAGUUAUGGGUUCCAUUUCAUGCGUUUAGUUGAUUAAGUGAGAAGUUUUAUGCUCAUGAUUCCUACUAUAUUGCUUCGAUUGUGUCUGGUGUGCCGAUUCUAGAAGGGACUUUUGCUAGGUUAGUGUUAUUGGUCGAGCCAGAGUUCAGUAUGAUGAGGUUUUUAAGUGAAUCAAACAAGAUUUUGGUGUUAUAAGUUCAUGUAUAAUAUUUGAAUAUUCUCAAGAGUGUGAUGGAAGUUAAUUAACUUGGUAAUGAUAUCACAAUAUAUAUUUAUAAACUGAUUGUUGCUUUGAAAACUGACAUGAAACAAACUAAAGAAGAGAGUAAGACUUUCUGUAAUGCCAAUUACAGGUUCUACGAUCCCAAAUCAUUGCAAAGUUAUUGACUUUGUGAGUUUUUAGAUGUUGUGGAGUCUUGAUGGAUACUGGAGCAAUGUAGUUAACUUUAAUUUGAUCAUUUGUGCAGGGUCGGAGCUUUUGUUACUACUCGAGCUUUGGCAGUGGAAUGAAUGGGGGAAAGGAUAAAUUAGCUGCCAUUGAUAGAAACAAAAAGCAUAAAUCAAAUAUGUUUGUGUGGAGACUAGUCUCUGCUAGUGUCCACUGUAAUUAAGGUUUUAAGUCUUUUUCACUAGUUACCUCAGCAAGAGUACAUGAUUGUAGCUGCAUGAACAAUAUGCUUAAUCUAGAGUCUUGAAUUAAAAUGCAUCAUAUCGCAUGUUACCAUAAAUUUAUACAGUUUGUUUAAGAUGAAGUUUUCUUUACUAGGAUAUUUAUGAUUCUUUUUUCUUCUAUAAGGUUUAAGUUUAUUUACUUCAUGGAUGCUCUAGUUGCCUCUGGAUAUGUAGCAGGACUAUGUGAAAAAAGAAAAAUCUCCCCAACAAUUGCUUGAUCUCUGGUAAGCUAAAUGUUUUUUUUAUGCAUUUUGAAUUUUGAUGUUGUUGUGAAGUAUAUAAAAGAAUCGGUUAAGUUUACAACUCUAGACUCCAACCUUUGGAUCUGCAGAAUCCUUAAUAAAAGAUGUGAAUCUUU